AUGUACUAUGCCUAUGGACCGACUGCUCUUUUCAAGACACGACCUGAACUUCAAGCUUCAAUAUCAGUAUUUUUGAUUAGGUCCUCCGAUGAAUCCCCUUUGCUGCCUGCAAAACUUUUCCACUUCACUCAGGAACUCCCUAUUUCCCUUUAUGAUUCUCCGCCUGCUAUUCAUCCCUUCAAGUCACUGAUUGUGUGGCCAAUUGGUAGAGGUGAUGUUUUGUUCGCAGACUUCUCAUGCCAGUCGUACUUCACGAGAAAACUGCGGCUGACAACUUCUAAUAGUGCUCAUAUAUCAGUGAAAUGUCACUUCUCAAACUGUGGACAGUACCUUUUUAUUGCUGCCUUCGAAGGCCAACGCAAGCCUGCUAAAAAAAUGGAGGAUGCAAUAGGAAUCAAAGUCGCUUUGCUGGUUCUAACCUACCGACUUUCCGAAAGCAAGACAACGAGGAGCCCGCCUCGUUUAAUACAUCGAACACGGCUUGAUCUGGGUCAAAAGAGUUCAAUCGCAGUAUCAAGCUUUCCUUUCACACUCACUUGGACAUCGACAAACGUUUAUCUCACAUGCAGUGAUAAUACGCUCAAGGUAUUUCGGAUUGAUUUAUUCUCGUCGACGGCAGAAGUACAAAAAACAUGUCAUACGGUUGCAGUCCCCCAGAAAGCGAUAAUUCUCCCGAGUACUGCCACCAAAAGAAAAGUUCAUUAUAUGCCUCCUACACCAACGGACUUGAAGGCGAAAAUUUUAAUCGAGAGCGAGGCGCGAGUCAAAGGAGAUUUCGAAGUCAAAACAGAGCUGCAUUUAGGUUAUGAGCAUCAUCGCGGAGGUGGCGUGUUUGGUAUGGAAGGCGCACCAGUCCCGAUAUCCCCUCCAAUCGGCUGCUUUGUUGAUGAAGAUCAAGACCUUGGGUGCUGGGGCCCGUGGAAAGACCUUGCAGAUGUGCCAGACGAUUUCGGAAUUGGACAUCUCGAUCGACGGUUGGAAAAAUUCGAUUUCGAUGACGAUUGUGAUUGUACGUUUAUCAUUUCUUCAUUAUCUGAACGUUGA